AUGACUUUCACCGGUGUGCUACACAUCGCGGCUCUGUUCAUGGUGCAAGUGGAUUUUCCAGGAGCUGGCAGUGAAACCGUAACCCUAAAGGAAGGAGAGGACCUAAAUCUCCGCUGCACCCUCAGCAGUGACGGCAAUUCUGCCUGGGGGUGGUUAAACCCUCGGGGGUUUACACUGUUUCUGAACGACCAGCGGGCUUUGAGAGAUCAGCGGUACAAGCUUAUCCAUUAUUCAAAGGAUGAAUUAUCCAUCCAACUGCCUAACAUAACAGUGCAUGAUGAAGGCGUAUACAAAUGCUUCUACUACAGCAAACCACUCAAAAGCAAGACGAUGACUGUUGAGGUAUUAGCUGCUCCUUCUAAUCCAGUACUGGAAGCAUCCAGAGACACAGAAAGAAGCAUUACACUGUCUUGCUAUACCCAAGGAUGUAAACCACAGCCCCAGAUUACCUGGCUGUUGGACAACGGGAUAGAGCUCCCUGGUGACACUAAGCACAAGCUAGAAGCUGAUGGGAAGAAAUGGACCACAACCAGCACGCUGACAAUCCUCGCCUAUGGGCCCAAUUCAACAGCCAGCUGCAUCGUGCGCCACCAAGCUUUAGGAGGAGAGAAGCUGAUGGAGUCGUUCCGGUUUGAGGACCUCCCUAGGACAGCAACAAAACCAAAUCCUGCACCAACUGCACUAGAGGUGGAGACACGUGUCUCUGAGAAUGAGCAAUCUACAGUGUGUCUUCUGAUUUUUGUCUUGUGUUUGGGGGGGGUUUCUUUAGGAUCCAAACAACCAACCGUCCCUUCUGCAGUACCAGAGGAUCCAGUAGUCACCAGCUCAACAUCAACACCAACCCAGCAAAACCUCCAACCAGAUGUCACAUCUACUUGGACUGAAACAGCAUUCAGUGGCAAUGUCACAGAAGAGGAACUUCCCAGAACAGAAGCCCCACUACCAAGUGAAAAUGUAACUGUGAUUUCCAUCGUCACCUUCGAGCAAAAGCUGAAACCUGAAGACAUCAGAAAGAAGGAGAAUAAUCUCUUGCUGCCAAUCUUGGUGGCUGCUCUGAUUUUCGUGCUGCUCAUCAUUGUCCUGCUUUUUAUGAGGAAGCUGAAAAAAGCUCAUGCAGUGUGGAAGAGAGAAACUGAUGUUUCAGAGCAGACGCUGGAGAGUUAUAAAUCCAAAUGUAAUGAAGACAGUCCGGGCCACGAGAAGAAUGGACACGCUGUCAGUCAGAAGUCCAACAUGCAAUACAUAACAGAAGGAUAUGUGGAAAAAACGCAGAAGACCCCAAGAGACAAAAGCAUUGCAAUAAGUGAGAAACUCUUUGGAUGUGGACGGGAAACGGAUGUAUAGCGAUGUGCAAAUCUGUACAAUGUGCAGGAACACCACUCUUUCCUGAUAUUUAUAUUACAGCAUUCAGAUGUCAAUAUGAUUUCAAGGAGCAGAAGUACAAACAGCUACCCUCAAUCCAAAAGCCAAUUUAGACUGCUUUUCCGUAAACAGUGGGACAGGUAGAUGGGACCGGUGCUCCUAGAACCUGUUAGCAAUGAACACUCCGAUUUACCUGUAAUCCUCAGAGGAUUUAAUUAACCACUCCCAGAAAGAGAGUUCAUCGACCCCACCUCAGGUCCUAUCAGCAGUUAGAGUCCUGGCAAGGGAACGUGCAAUUAGCCCCAAGGACCGCAGGGUGUGAAGGUUUUCAUGUAAUGCUUCGGCCACCUCCUCUGCAAGCAUGGGACUGAGUGGGAAACCCUGGGAGGUGCAACCCAGCCGGGACAUGUCUUACUUCAUUCUGACCCCAGAACUGGACAGCCAGCUGUAUUUAGCCAAGAAAAAAAACACCGUGUCCAAGGCACGCACAAAAAAAGGGGUUGUCCCCCUUGCUAGGGCUUCAGCCUCCGUUUCUCACCUGCACAACAAUAACAUCACUCUCUGCUGUGCACGGCUGCAUCAGCGCCGGUCUGCGAGGGGCUCCGACACCAAAGCGUUUGGGGAGUUACAGCUGCCACGUCGCGUGAGCUGCCAGGGGUGUCACUGGGAACAGGGACGCCUUCAAACGAGGGGCUGCCAAAGGCGAAGCGGAAGGGCAGUGGUAC